AUGGCGGAGUCAGCAUCUCCACCUUCAUCGUCGUCAAUCCUUAUUGAUCUGACUCGAGACGAGAAGGAGAUAUUCGAUCUUCUUCUCAAAGUUGUCAAGCAUUUUAAUCUCGAUACGCAUCUUCGUGUUGCUGGUGGCUGGGUUCGCGAUAAGCUUCUAGGCUUACAGUCCAACGAUAUCGAUAUUGCUAUAGACAAUAUGACAGGACAACAAUUCUGCGAGAAAGUGGAACAGUAUAAAAAAAAAAACGAAGAACUUUGUUAUGAUCCUAACAAAGUUACUGUCAUAAAGUCCAAACCUGAUCAGUCAAAACACUUGGAAACAACAAAGAUGCGCAUGCACCUUAAAUCUGGACGUUACGUAUUGAUUGAUUUUGUCAACUUAAGAUCAGAAGAUUAUAGUAACAACAAUAGUCGUAUUCCUACAAGGCUACAACAACUUGGCACUGCAUUAGAGGAUGCAUAUCGUAGGGACUUGACAAUUAAUAGCUUGUUUUACAACAUUCAAACAAAUUCAAUCGAAGAUUUUACAAAAAGGGGUUUGGAAGAUUUGAAGUCUAAAAGAAUUGUCACUCCUUUAAAUCCAAAGCAAACUUUUAUGGAUGAUCCUUUAAGAGUCCUUCGAGCUAUUCAUUUUGGUGCAAGGUUUGGGUUUAUGUUAGAUGAAGAAUUAAAGAAGGCAGCUAAAGAUAAGGAUGUGAGAACUGCUCUUGUUGAUAAAAUUAGCAGAGAACGCGUUGGACAUGAAAUUGAUCUUAUGAUAUCUGGAAAACAAGCGAAAAAUCCAAUACAAGCAAUGACUUCUAUUGCUGACUUGAAAUUAUUUUGGAAUGUAUUUAGUGUUCCAUGUGAUGCAAAACCAUCAAAUUCUGAGGGAUUUGUAAGGCAGUGUGUUGCUUACUUGCAUUCAGCUUUGAGGCUUUUGGAUUUAAUUGGAUCUUCUUCAUUUUCUAAUGAUCAAAAGAUACUUUGCCUGUAUGCUGCUUUAUUUCUGCCAUUGAGAGUGAGAAUUUACAUUUACAAAGAGAAGAAUAACAAAGCCAAAGAGAGAGAGAUUCCAGUUGUCAAUCAUAUUGUUCGCGAUUCUCUCAAGUUGAAGGCCAGUGAUGCACAAACAAUCAUAAGCUUGCAUAAUGCAGCUAACAGGUUUGUCACCUUCAUUCCGUCACUUGAAGUUGUAGAAGUUGGGCUGCUACUUCGAGAAAUUAAAGAAUUUUGGCGUGUCGCUCUUCUUCUAUCUAUGCUUUUGAUGCAUUCUGUUGAAAACAUCGACAAGAGAAGCGGAUUAUUUAAGACAGUAGAGGAUGCAAUUAUAACUACUCUAGGUUUGGAGAAGGUUUGGGAAGUGAAACCACUGGUUGAUGGAAAGGAAAUUAUGGAAGUUUUGAAGAUUAAAAGUGGAGGAUCAGUUGUUAAAGAAUGGCAACAAUGCUUGCUAGUGUGGCAGCUUGAACAUCACCCUUCUGGUACUGCUAAAGAAUGCCUUAAAUGGAUGAAGCAAAAACUCGGUGAAAACGAAGAACAGCCGAGUAGUUUUUCACUUGCUCGUGAGGGACAAGUGUAGUAUUCUCUAUACAGCGAUAAUAUUAGUUUUAAGAAGAGAGGCAAGGCAAUUUACUUUCAAGUCAUUCUUUUAUUCUCAAAAGAAGAUUAUAUCUUUAAUCUAACAGUUUAUACCCUUUAAC